ACAGAGACCAUGAUAUAAACGUCAUUUGUUUGGAUGGAAACAAGCACAGAGUGAUUUUUUUAAGAAAAUGACGAACGAAACGCCGACAACUGAGGGUCAACCAGGAGAAGAAGAACCUGUAGAAGAAGUAGAGGUUUUGCUUCCGAAUACUACUAUUGUAACCCACUGUGUAUUGAAAAACGAUGUUGAGAGACUUGUGAAAUGUUUUGAAAGCGAUGAGGACCCAUAUAAAGAGACAGUAGCCGAACUAAUAAACCAGCGUGAUGAGGAUGGGAAGACACCUCUCGACGUAGCAGCCACAUUAGGUCGUGUAGAUAUUGCUAAGGAACUUAUUACAAGAGGAGCCGAUGUGAAUUCUGUAACAACAAAGGGAUAUUGUUCCCUUCAUCAUGCCAGUGCCUGGGGACGUAUUGGUGUACUUAAAGUUCUCAUUGAAGCUCAGGCUGGACUACAACAGAGAAACACAAAUAAUGAACGACCAAGAGAGACAGCACUUCGAUACAACCAAACAGAAUGUGUAGAUUACUUAGAUUGGGCAGAAGCUAGAGUGGCUCUACAGGAUGCUAUCCGCAAUGCCCAGGAGACAAUCGCAGAUCCAGAGAAGGUCCAAGGCAGACUCACUAAAGAUGACAAGAACCUGACCCUGAACACGUGUAAGGAGAAGACAGAAUGGAUUGACAGUACUACAGAUGCUACCACACAGGACUUCCUCAUACAGAAACAGGCUUUUGAUGAAAUCCUUGCCCCUAUCUACCAGAAACUUUCAGAACCAGUGGAAACACCACAGAGAGGCCAGAAAAAAAGUAGAUAAGACUUGUAUGUUGGACAUGGAAGUUGGCAUCCAGUGAUUUGUCAUGCUACAAUAGAAGAGCUACAUUGACACAAACAUACAGUCCAGAUGUCGGCAUGCUUGGAAAAGACACACAAUAACAAUUACACUGUGAAAGUGAAUAUGAUAUAUAACCUGAUAGACUGAAGUCUGAACAAACUAUACCGUCCAUUUUUUAUUUAUUUUCAGUUCUUCAUGUUUUAAAACAAUGUAACUCAAUUUGUCACAUAUUCUACAAAAUGUUUUAUCUUUAUCAAAUAAAAUGUCUUUAAGAAAUGAAAUAUCUUUGGUAUCAAGCAUUUUAUCUUCCUACUAAUGCAAGUUAUCAGUGAAAUAAUCUUCCUUCUUCUAUUUUUUUUUGUGACAUAGAGGAUAUACACAUAUGUACUGAAUCAAUGAGGAUGACUCGAUCACAAGCACAAGUUACAAUGUAUCAAUGGUCUUAUUGGAAGGACAAACAUGUGAUAUAAUAUAAUCAAGUAAAGCCUCUACCAUGUGUAAAAGUUUUAGUAUUAAAGUCUCUGGAAGGCUUAUUUGUGUAACUAUUUAGCUUUUUUAUAAUUAAUGAAGGUGGCUUCUUUGAAGGCGGGGGUUUACUUGCGGAUAAAUACCCAGUUUCUCUCUAUAUACACUUAAUGGUUACCCUUCUCACAUAUACUCAAUAAGACCAUAGAUACAUUGUACCGUGUGUCUGUGUCUCACUGAUUGACAGUCUAUAUAUACAGCUGAGAUGGCAUAGACUAAAUAUGCACAUAUAAUUAAUAAUAUAUGUACAAUUAUUAAUAAUUUGUUUUUCAAGCGAUUGUGUGAGAAAGACAACUAAAAUACAAAUACAGUUUACA